AUUUACAUAUAUAUUUAUAUAUAUCCAUGUAUCUAUGCAUACAUAUUUUCUCUCGAAUUGCCUUACUGCAUUUUGAAUUAAAACCAUUUUUGUUUUUUUGGUGUUUGUAGGUAAUCUUGUCGAUCGUUGUUGUUCUUCCGUUCCAUCGUUCUAGAAGUGUGUACUUCUGGAACACAUGUCAUAUUUUAUGUGAUCAAUGAUGAUUUUAAAUAAAUGUAAUUUUCGUCUUUAGUUCUCUUAGUCUACAACAAUCGUUUUCCGUUCCAUAUCAGUAAAUAAAUAGUUGCCGAUUACACCAAUCUCGUUAACUGUUAUACACGGCGCGAUUGUACAUGUCUUUUUUUUUAUAUGAUCACGCGCGAAUCAAAUAAAUCGUUUUUUCGUUUUUGUUUUCAAUAAUAUUAUUAUUAUUAUUGCUUCGAGGUAGACGAAAUGACUGACGUAAAUAGAGAUGUUAAAUCAACAAUCACUGACAUAGCCGGUAAGAACUGGGCCGACCUUUGUGAUAGUUCACAGUCGUCGCAGUUGGACUCUGAUUCACCAUUAAAGAACAAUGAAAUCUGUGCAAAGGAUAAUGAAGAAGAUGAAUUGUAUGAUCUUGUAUUCCAACCUGUCAAAAAAGAAAUUGUAAAAGGAGCGCCUCAUGAUGACCUCAGUUUGACCUCUUUUAUGAAUAAUGUGCACAUGGUAACACCCAUCAAACAAGAAAAUGAUCAACAUCCAUCAAAUGUUAUUAUUGAUGAAGACACCAUCAGCAGUCCAUUUAUAAAAAAGGAGGAAACAGAAGACACACCGGAACUAAAAUUAAAGAUCAAACAAGUUAAAAAUGAAAUAGAAAAACUUCAAAAAGACACCAAAGAUAUACUUCAUGCUAAGAGAAGAUUAACUUCAGAGUCUGAAUCUACAGUUUCUGAUCUUAAAACACCUGAGCGAGUUAAUAAAUUUAAUAAAAAAUCAACAAACCAUAAAAAUAUACAUGAUACCGAUCAAAGUCCUAAAAUAAAACUUGAGCGUGAGACAGAUCCUUUAAUUAUAGCAAGAAGACAAAAACAAAUUGAUUUUGGUAAAAAUACUAUUGGGUAUGAAUUAUACCUGGAAAAUGUUCCCAAACAUAAACGUACCAAACAACAUCCUAAAACUCCUCCAAAGAAUUUGAAAUUUACUCGCAGAGCAUGGGACGGGUUAGUUAAAAAUUGGCGAGUUAAAUUACAUUGUUGGGAUCCUGAUAACAAAUGUAAUGACGAUGAUACUUUGACUACCGGUUCUAGUUCAAAUUUAUGUUCACUUGGAUCAAUGACUAGCUUGGACUCAAAUUCUCAGGCCUCAGACUCUCGAUCAUCAACACCACCACAUAUAAAUAGUUCAUCUGAACAUUCUGCACAAGUAAAGCGAGAAAAACUAGAAGUUUCAUCUCCUGAUCCAGUUAAAUUUAAGAAAAAUAAAACUGAAUAUUAAUAAAAUAUCCAUUUAUGUUUAUUUUUUAUCCAAGAAUUUUUUGACCAUCUUAAGAUCUUUUUGAAAAAUAACAGGCUGUAUAGUAACUUUGUAUUAAAUUGCAAAUUAUUAAUUUUAUUAACAUUACAACAGUAACAAAUGAUUAAAUGUAAAAAG